AUGAAAGGAUUUCAGUUUCUUGUUGUUGUUAUCUUCUUGGCUUUGGUAUCAUCUUUUGCUUUUGCUUAUGAUCUAAGUUCUCUUCAAGAUUUCUGUGUCGCCACUAAUAAUAUGGAGCUCGCUGUAUUUGUGAAUGGAAAGUUCUGUAAGGAUCCAAAAUAUGUUACAUCUGAUGAUUUUUUCUUCUCAAGAAUUGACAUCCCUCAAUCAAUAGAUAAUCGAUUUGGAGAGAAUGGCACACUUGUAAAUGUUGAUAAUUUACCGGGACUUAAUACUCUUGGAAUGUCGCUAGCAUAUUCUCAACAUGCACCUCGUGGCCUAAGUCCUCCUCAUUACCACCCUCGGAGCUCUCAAAUUGCUGUAAUUUUGGAGGGAACUGUAUUUUUUGCCUUUGUUGUAUCAGAUCAAAAUAAUAAUACCUUAUUCUAUAAAACCCUUUAUCCUGGAGAUGUUUUCGUGAUCCCAAUCGGACAAAUUCACUUGGAAUAUAAUAUUGGAGAUAGUACUGCUAUUACCUUAAUUGCUUUCAACAGUCAUAAUCCAGGACUCAUAACUAUAUCUGAUGCUAUUUUUCAGUCUAAUCCACUUAUAGAUCCUUAUAUUCUUGCUAAGACAUUUCAACUAAAUAUUGAUGUAGUAGAAUAUUUACAAAGUGCUGCUUAG